AUGGAGGACUUUCUGCUCUCCAAUGGAUACCAGCUGGGCAAGACCAUUGGGGAAGGGACCUAUUCAAAAGUGAAGGAAGCAUUUUCCAAAAAACAUCAAAGAAAAGUGGCAGUUAAAAUUAUAGACAAGAUGGGAGGGCCAGAAGAAUUUAUCCAGAGGUUCCUGCCGCGCGAGCUCCAGAUCGUCCAAAGCCUGGAUCACAAGAACAUCAUCCGGGUGUAUGAGAUGCUGGAGUCGGCCGACGGUAAGACCUACUUGGUGAUGGAGCUGGCCGAGGGGGGAGAUGUCUUUGACUGCGUGCUGCACGGUGGGCCUCUGCCCGAGAGCCGGGCCAAGGCGCUCUUCCGCCAGCUGGUGGAGGCUAUCCGCUACUGCCACGGCUGUGGCGUGGCCCACCGAGACCUGAAGUGUGAGAAUGCCCUGCUGCAGGGCUACAACCUGAAGCUGACCGACUUCGGCUUUGCCAAGGUACUGCCCAAGACGCGGCGGGAGCUGAGCCAGACCUUCUGUGGCAGCACAGCCUACGCCGCCCCAGAGGUGCUGCAGGGCAUCCCCCACGACAGCAAGAAGGGCGAUGUCUGGAGCAUGGGCGUGGUCCUCUAUGUCAUGCUGUGCGCCAGCCUGCCCUUUGAUGACACAGAUAUCCCUAAGAUGCUGUGGCAGCAGCAGAAGGGGGUGUCCUUCCCUGGGCACCUGGGCAUCUCGGCUGAAUGCCAGGACCUGCUCAAGAGGCUCCUAGAACCAGACAUGAUCCUCCGGCCUUCAAUCGAAGAAGUUAGUCGGCAUCCAUGGCUAGCAAACACUUGA